UGCAAUUAUGGCUGGUGUCCAGUAUGUUUCAGAUUUUUGAAGCUCUAGUUACCUUAAACCUCAUUCUUCAACAGUCAUUCAGCCUUUCCAAAAGUUUCCAAAAUGUGUCUUAAAUUCCUCUGCAUACACAAAAAAUAUUUUAAUUCAUGAAGGGUUUGCUGUAUGGCUAUAAUACUCAGUUUUUGGUAUUACAAGACACCUUUUUCCUUUUUUAUUGUAAGAUCAGUACAUUGCUCUCAGAUCUAUUUUUUUUAUUUUUGUGUAAAAUCUGUAUCUCUGUGCAACCUAACAUUAAGUUCCUGAAGCUGAUUCAUUUGUUUUGGGACGUGGCUAUUUGUGUGCCAAAUCUCAGAUUUAGGUUCUUUUUCAGAGGAAAAAUAUUUCAGAUCAUUUAAACUGUGAACAUGUCUAGAAUGUUUGAUUAUUUGGCGAUGGUGUCUGCUGUUUCAGGUAAAAUAGCAAUACCCAAAUGUGAAAAAAAAGUCUGCAAUAUAAAUGUAUUUAUGUGUAUAGAAUGUAAAGAUCUUUUUUGUUUUUCUUGCAAAGAUUCACCAGAGCAUUAGAUUGUUUUUGCAAUUCAGCAAUGGUUUGAAGCUUUGAAAGUGAUAUAACAAAUUCUUCUAUGUUCCAUGUCAAUCAAACCGCACAUAAUACUGAGAUAGAUAACAACAGAUGAGUCUUAAAAAAAGGAAAUAAUAACAUUUUCAAAUGACAAAGUUUCUAAAUAACUAAUAAAAAUCAGUGGUUUCACAGCUGAAUGUAAUUUCCUAUCUUAACAUAAUUAGACUUUCAGUCCGAAAAAACCUCCAGUGGGCACAACAUCUCUGAAAGGGUUCCUGGUCCUGAUCUGCACUGAGCUGGGGGUCUGUUUCUCCUAGGCCCCAGUGCGACAUGGCUUCCAUUAAAGCUCUCUAAAGUUGUGAAUGGUCACCAGUCCUCUGGCAGUUGCAUGUGCGCCUGGAUCAUGCUUUAUGUUGGUGGGCCUGAACUUCGUCACUCAGCUGUUUUGGGUGGGGGAGAUAAAGGGGCACUGAUAUAAUGGCCCCGUUCUCUCUACACGCACAUCCAUUGUGCUAAUCCGCUUGGAAACACUCCACCAUGGAGUGGCUUUUCAUUACCGUGGCAACCUGCUUGCUAGCCCUCUGUCCUGUCAAAGGUGAUGAGUGGAGGCUGAAAUAUGAAGAAGGAAUCAGUCACUACAGUGAGGAAGCGCUUCGAACGGAGUUUCCUGAGAAGACCAGGCCAGUCAGUUUCAAACACCCUCCUUUCACGUGUCCUGACAUGAGCCCCUCUUUUUCUGUGCCCACCUCAGUUGAGCUGGUGAAGGCAGCGGAUAUUAAAGUGAUCGCUGCCCUUGGGGAUUCAUUGACCACAGCCAUUGGUGCAAAUGCAACCACAGUUCUUGGCAUACCUAUUGAAUUUCGUCACGUGUCUUGGAGCAUUGGUGGCUAUGGGUCCUUUCAAGAUGUCAUUACACUGGCAAACAUCAUUCGACUCUUCAACCCCCAUUUAGUGGGACCUGCCCCAACCAAGACGGUCCAUGGGACCCCAGCUCCCCUCUGUGAGACUGGAUUUAACCUGGCUGUAACCGGACACAACACCUUUAAUCUUCCUGAACAAGUCAGGCAUUUGAUUGAUACAUUGAAAACAUAUGAGGAUAUUGACUUUGAUGAGGACUGGAAACUGUUGACCAUUCUAAUUGGGAUGAAUGACAUCUGUGAUUACUGCAAAGACAAGUCCCUGUUUUCAGUGGAGAACUUUGUCCAUUACAUGACUGUGUCCUUGGAAAUGCUGAUGAAUGAGGUGCCUCGAAUGAUAGUGAACGUGGUCCAGAUACUGCCGAUGGAGACCCUGAGGGAAGUACAGAAACCCACGCCAGGAUGUCUGCUCCAAAGGUCAUUCUGCUCCUGUCUGGUAAAGCCAGAUGCGGGAUCGGCUGAUCUGAAGGAGCUGGUUGGAGUCAACCUAGAAUUCCAGAAAGCACUGGAGCAGCUCUUGUACACUGACCGCUUCUUUAAGAAUGACUUUGCUGUAGUUUUGCAGCCGUUCCUGAAACAUGCAGAUCCUCCAAGACUCCCUAAUGGGAAGAUUGACAUGAGCUUUUUUACUCCGGACUGUUUCCACUUUACUAUGAAAGGACAUGAGGAGUUAGCCAAGGGACUGUGGAACAACAUGUUUCAACUUGAGGGGGAGAAGUUCAUGGUGGAGAGCUUUUCAAACCCUAUUGAGCUCAUUUGCCCCCCUGUGAGUCAUCCGUACAUUUACACCAGACCCAGUGUUGUAAAAUCAGGCCCAUCACUUCCUGAGAUGCCCCAGUCAGCUGGCAUCAGACUAAUUGUUCUCUACCUCAUCUUGGCUUUCCUUCCACUGUGGUUGGCUGUUAAUCUGGCUUCCUUGUAGGACAUCCAUAUGGAGUAUUGUGGUACAUCAUGUCUGCCCACCCAAUGUCCUACUUUGGCUGGAUAUCAUUGAUUUGAUGGUCUCUGAAGCAUUGAGGAUCUGUUCUGUGACUUGAGCCUCUGCAGGGUGAUCUAUGGUAAAACUGAUAAUGAGGGAGUAAAAGAUAAACAAGUUAUCAAAGAUGAACAGGAAAUUGGAGUUGGCUAAAUAUGAAGACUUGGUUACAGUCAAUGUAAUAUUUAAUUGAGUUGCAAUGGAAAUGGAAAUAUUGAAAACUCAGAAUAGAAAAAUAUAUGCUAAUGUGAUCUUUUUUUGAUAUACCAAACCAAAAUAGCACAAGAGCAGCUGCAAAGCCACUUUUAGCUUACGUAAUGUUGCUAUAAUAAAUUUAGGUAUGAAAGGUAACUGUGUAAGCUAUUUCAGGAUGGUUUGAAUAAAAUGGCCAGAGGUCAUCCUGUGAACUCAUUAAGCCUGUGAAGAUAAAGGAAUUGAUUGUUGUGUGAGAACAACUGUUUUGCUUCGAGAGCAUGGUGAAAGUAAACUGUUUGAGAGCUUCUUCAUGCCCACAGUAAUACGAUAAUUGCUUUGGAUGCUGCAACAUGAGAAGUGCUUUUGGUCUUCUCAAAUAAAGCUUUCAUUGGGGCACUUACCUGUUUUACUUCAAUUUUCUUCUUUGAAAGUAUGUUUUUACUUAAGAUAUGCUUUUUCUGUACAGCUGAAGGUUCUUCAUUACCAAUCAAAGAACCUGUCUUUAUAGUUGUACUUAAAGGUGUUUAGCAGCUCCUAAAGGUUUUUGGAAACAAACAAACAAAUAAUUAUAGUAAUGGAAUUAUAUUGGUGGUUUCUUCACAUUUAUGUAAUAAAUAUGUUUGUUUUAUCAAUCUGUUUGUCUGCGUGA